UCCUCCCUUUGAUCCUCUUCUGUCCGUCCUCCUGUCUCUCUCUUCCUCCCCCAAAUCACCAUGGCGUCUCCUCCCCCCAUCCUCCGUUCGCCGCCCCUCACCGGCUGACCCCAUCUCCCCCGCCGCCGCUGCCACCAAAUCCCCAAAUCCCCCGAGGGGAACACAAGGGGAGCGAAUUGAUCGACCGACCCACCGAUCCAUCCAUCCAUCCAUCCACCGCCGAUCUCCUCCGCCGCCGCCAUGUUCAACAAGAUCAUCAAGCGCGGCAACCGCAAGGGGGCGCGCUCCGAGGGGGCGGACGCCGCCGCGCGCCCCGCGGCCACGUCCUCCUCCUCCGCCGCCGCCCCCGCCGCCGCGCCCGUCACCGUCAACCACGCCUCGCGCGCCUCCGCGCCGACCCCCUCCUCGCCCACCUCCCCCCACCUCCCCGCCUCCGCCUUCCCCAUCCUCCCGGCCUCCGCCGCAUCCCCGCCGCUCCUCGAACCUCUCCCGCUCAUCCGCGACGUGGCGGCCGCCGACCGCCCAGGCCUCCUCAUCCGCAAGCUGCGCCUCGUGGCCGCGCUCUUCGACUUCUCCGACUCCCUCAAGCACCCGCGGGAGAAGGAGGCCAAGCGGCAGGCCCUGCUGGAGCUCGUCGAGUACGUGCAAUCCCCCACCCCCUCCUCCGCCACCACCCCAAACACCCCCGCGCGCCUCCCCGACGCCGUCCAGGAGGCCCUGGUCGCCGCCAUCUCCGCCAACAUCUUCCGCCCGCUCCCGCCCGCGCUGCACGAGUCCGCCGCCUCCAUCGACCCCAACGCCACCCCGGACGACGAGGAGGAGCCGUACCUCGACCCGGCCUGGCCGCACCUGCAGCUCGUCUACGAGCUGCUCCUCCGCUACGUCGUCUCCCCCGACACCGACACCAAGCUCGCCAAGCGCCACGUCGACCACGCCUUCGUGCUCCGCCUCCUCGACCACUUCGACUCCGAGGACCCCCGCGAGCGCGAGUACCUCAAGACCGUGCUCCACCGCAUCUACGGCAAGUUCAUGGUCCACCGCCCAUUCAUACGCAAGGCCAUCAACAACGUCUUCUACCGCUUCAUCUUCGAGACCGAGCGCCACAACGGCAUCGGCGAGCUGCUCGAGAUCCUAGGCAGCAUUAUCAACGGCUUUGCGCUGCCCAUGAAGGAGGAGCACAAGCUCUUCCUCGGACGCGCGCUCAUCCCGCUGCACAAGCCAAAGUCCGUCGCCAUCUACCACCAGCAGCUCUCCUAUUGCAUCGUCCAGUUCGUCGAGAAGGACUUCAAGCUCGCAGACGCAGUCAUCAGGGGACUGCUCAAGUACUGGCCUGUCAUUAAUUGCCAGAAGGAGGUGCUCUUCUUGGGGGAGCUCGAGGAAGUGCUCGAGGCCACGCAGCAGGCAGAGUUCCAGCGAUGCAUGGUGCCGCUCUUUAAGCAGAUCGGAAGAUGCCUUAACAGUGCCCACUUCCAGGUUGCUGAGCGGGCUUUGUUCUUGUGGAACAAUGAUCACAUUGUAAGCUUGAUUGCCCAAAAUCGUGGUGUUAUAUUUCCAAUAAUAUUUGAAGCACUUGAGAGAAACAUACAGAGCCACUGGAAUCAAGCUGUUCAUGGCCUCACGGCAAAUGUGCGCAAGAUGUUUUUGGACAUGGAUAGUGAGCUAUUUGAAGAGUGCCAGCAGCAGUACAUUGAGAAAGUAGCAAAAGCCAAAGAAUUGGAGGAGCAACGGGAGUCAGCAUGGAGACAUUUAGAAGCUGUUGCUGCCAAGGCUGCUGGAGAUGACAUGGUUUUGGUGAAUUAGAUGACCGGUGCUCACAAUCUCACAAGCAUCCAUGUGCACCUGUGAACUCACUAUCAAUGUCGGUCGGUUGGGGUGCGCUGACCUCAUCUUUGAUGGCUUGGAAUUUCAAGGCCAGUGUUCCUUGGGUCUAUGCCCUCAAUGAUCGCUUAGUCGAGACAUGAUGGUGGCAGCAGAUGCUGAUCCUUCCUACGCCCAAUGGGGUUCCUGCGAUGGUACCACAUUCUUCUUCCUUCGUUCAACUCCUUCCUCUCCUUUUUUUAUGAAUAAUCAGACCAUUGUAACCUUUGUAUUAAUCCUUCAUUGUUUGCCCCUAGUUCGCUACCCGCAAUUGGGAGAGUGCAAGUAGAAAACGAGUGAGCUAGAUGUAAUCUCUUUCUUUGUUUCUUUUUCUUUCUUUUGAGAUAUUUCAGUUCAUGUUGUAUGAGUAACAUCAAGAACGGAGAUAAAAGAAACCGGUUUAAUUUA